AGCUGGACCGAAAACAAAAAGCAUUUAAUGUCCCAAUCCGUUUAACAAGUGAGGGUCAAGCUUAAGAGUCGGAGCUCCUGCGAGUCCCCGAAGGGGGGCACCUUUGUGCUGUCAGUGUCCUUUCGGGAGGACAGGGAGACGCGAAGCUGCUCCGCUUGUGACGAGAGAUUGCCAGACUCGACGCUGCGGGCAGGAGUGCGAAGAUUAAAUUUUUAAAAGUGUUUUGGAACUUUGUGAACGGUUGCCAUGGCUGCGGGAGCGUAUCGUUACAGAGAACUGGCUACCUGAUACCCGUCCUGUUCUGCACCUAAUACGAGAACUGUCCCCAAGUGGACAGUACUCUCCGCCUGGCGUCUGGGCGAGCUGGAACUGUCAGCAGUACUUUGCUCCGAACAGGGGAGUCUCGGAUGGACGAUUCCAUAUACACCGAUUCUUUAUUUUGUAAUAUUAUCUAACAGCUGAAGUUUACUGGAUAGCCGCGAUGACUCUCAACACGCAGAGAGACACCAAAGAGACUCUGCGACGGAGGGCUAGCACACCCCUCCCCGUCGGUCACCAGCCUAGCCCUUUGGACAGAGAUCUCCCUCCGAACUUCAACCAUCCAAACCUUGGACAUUCUGCGUCCUACCACCAGGGAGACACGACACCGCAGCCUCGGGGGAGCUGGUCUUCUGACUCGGCCGAGUCCGACACUUCGGAGGCGGACUGCCUUUAUCGGGUGGUCCUGCUAGGGGACCCGGGAGUAGGCAAGUCCAGCCUAGCUAACAUUUUUGCGGGAAUACAAGAAAAAGACUCCAGUGACCAUCUCGGAGAAGACACUUAUGAGCGGACACUCACGGUGGAUGGAGAAGAGACAACACUGAUUGUGAUGGAUACGUGGGAGGCCGAGAAGCAGGAGGAAGAUGAGAACUGGGUACAGGAGUACUGCAUGCAGGUGGGGAAUGCCUAUGCGAUCGUGUACUCGAUUACAGAUCGCUCCAGCUUUGACAGUGCUUCAGAACUGCGCAUCCAACUGAGGAGGACACGACAGGCUGAGAACAUUCCCAUCAUACUGGUUGGCAACAAGAGUGACCUAGUGCGCUGUCGGGAAGUGUCCGUGGAGGAGGGCCGUGCCUGUGCCGUAGUGUUUGACUGCAAAUUCAUUGAGACGUCUGCCUCGCUGCACCACAACGUCCAAGAACUCUUUGAGGGCAUAGUCCGACAGAUUCGCCUGCGGAGGGACAGUAAAGAGACCAAUGAGCGGAGGAUGUCCAUUUACAAACGCAAGGAGAGCGUCACCAAGAAAGCCCGCAGAUUUCUUGACAAAAUAGUGGCCAAGAACAACAAAAAAAUGGCCUUGAAGGUGCGUUCCAAGUCCUGCCAUGACCUUUCUGUGAUGUGAAGAAUGGGAAUGCCCUUUGGGAGUGCAAAUUAUCUUUGUUUCUAUGGCCAUGUAAUGGACCUUAUGGUGCCCUCUACAGGGUGGUUGCAUUCUCUUCCAGAUGAUUCCUUAACUACCCCAUCACCACCAACAAGCCUCCUCCAUUUGAAUUCAUCUAGAGACCUUGGAGAUAACCCUGCUUAUGUCAUCAUGGAAGGAUCAACCAUGGCUACCCAGAGAUGCACCUCGGAGCCUGAGAAGUCAUUCAUUUUAUAAUCUGUGCUGUUAAAUCGCCAUCAUUGAUGGCUAAAGCUGGAUAUUUGGAUUCAGCUGUUGUUCUCUGGCUUAGGGGGGCUAUUUUUAUUUGUCUUACACAGAGGCUAUUGUCCUAUAUGUACUGCAGCUUACUUUGCUGUCACAUGGAAUGCCACUGGUCUAGGCAGCUGUUCCACUGCUACAAGAGGCAGGUGAAAUGCUUUAGAUCAUUUAUGUCACGGGUGGAGGAAAGUCAUUCUUUGGGUCUUCUCUCACAUUGUAGUAUUUUGGCAGGAGGGUCUGAUCUGGAAGGCGUGUGCAAAAACUUUUAUUUUAUGCAAUGCCUUCUAUAGUAAGCACCAUUCCAAGGCGCUUUAUAAGUACGACUGUUUACAUUUAUGCAUAAUUUUUUUUUUGUUGAAGCAGAGGCAGUAUAAGUGAGUCAAAUGCUAAGUGUAUGGCUGAGACUGAAUUGGUAACCUUGUGGUGUACAGUCUUCUGCCUUAGCCAACAAGCCACACUUCCUACCUAGAUAUAGACGUAGUGGGAGUCAGCUCAGAGUAUUCCAUUGGCCUCUCUUUCUCCUUCUCUCUUGUUUAGCAUUAACAGUAAGAUAGCCACUUCAAUCCAGCAUGGACAAUCUCAGGUCAGGGUGGCAUUUCAUUCAUUAUUCCUCUUGAGUACUCUGGGAUAACUUCAGACAAAAUUAAGAAGCCAGACUUGUACUGAUCCAGUUAAAACUGGCUUCAGCGUAGUAACACAAACGCCUGUCAUGUCGGUCUUGUGCCCCUAUGUAUGUACUACAACACCUGAUGUGCUUGGCACAGCUUAGGCCAGAGACCAUACAGUGCCAUUGUGCUGUCCACGCCCUGGAGUCUGGAUGAAUGUAAAAUGUUAUAGAAUUGUUUUCUGAUGAUUUCUUUAGAUUUUGUAUCUAAUUCAUUUUUAAAAAAAUACUUGGGCACAAAAUGUAAAUCUCUGAAUAAGUCGCCAGCUUCAGCAUUAUGCCUUUUUAUGUGCUAGUUGGCAUUAAACUUGGUUGUGUAACAUCAAUAUUGGCCUCUGGAAUUUCAGGAUUUAAAUAAAUAAAAAAAAAUAAUUCCUUACUUGACUUAGACU